CGUGCUGCCUGUCAUGGCCGCCUCCGUGGCCUGGGGCGGGGUGAAUGCUGGGUUCCUGCUGCGGGCGGCCAGGGGCGCCUGGGCGAGCCGGCCCGGGGGCUUUUGGGGGCUCGGCGAGGCGGCGGCACCGGCGACAACCAGGACAUUCCGGGCGACAGGCUCGCGCCCGGCGGGGGAGGAGGAAGCCGGCGGCCCCGAGCGGCCCGGGGACGUGGUCAACGUGGUGUUCGUAGACCGGUCAGGCCAGCGGAUUCCGGUGAGCGGCAGAGUCGGGGACAAUGUCCUCCACCUGGCCCAGCGCCACGGGGUGGACCUGGAAGGGGCCUGUGAGGCGUCUCUGGCCUGCUCCACCUGCCAUGUCUACGUGAGUGAGGACCACUUGGACCUUCUGCCGCCCCCUGAUGAGAGGGAGGACGACAUGCUGGACAUGGCGCCCCUGCUCCAGGAGAACUCCCGGCUGGGCUGCCAGAUCGUGCUGACGCCCGAGCUGGAAGGGGCUGAAUUCACUCUGCCCAAGAUCACCAGGAACUUCUACGUGGAUGGCCACGUCCCCAAGCCCCACUGACACGGGCAGCUGCCCCUUCCAGGACACCCAUGGCGCCACAGCCAGGACUGGAGGAAAGGCCACGUUGCGAGCCCAGCCCAGAGCACGGACAGGCCUGAGAGAGACGUCGGAAGCACCCAGGAGGCCACAGAGAUCUGUGUCCGGCUCUGGUGGGGACAGGGCCCCCGCUGGGGCCGCCUCCCCCAAGCUCCCGAGAAUGGGGGUGUGGCGAGCGGUGGAAUCCAAUGGGAGUGUCAAUAAAACUUCCUCACAGACCUCCA